UGGCGGCGGCUGCGGUUUGAAUUCCAGCCGCGCCGCUAGACUGAGAACGAGAGCUGGGUUGGAAGGGGCGGGACCUGGGCAGCCCAGCGCGUCGCGACAGCUCGGAGAACCAGUGGCGCCGCCGCCGCACACACCAGUGCCACUGUCUCCGUGUUCAUGAUGGACUCGGGGAUGGAAGAGGACGUCACCCUGCCUGGGACCCUCAGCCGUUGCAGUGACCUUCACCCUAUUCUGCCAAGUGAGCUGGAUGGUAUCAGUGGCAUUGCUGGCUUGGGAAAUGGAGUGCUCCCAAACGUGUCAGAAGAAAAGGUCUGGCCUACCAGAAGCCUGGAACAUGAAGGACUUUAAAAAUAACAUUGAACUCAAGGUGGAAGUGGAAAGUCUGAAGCAGAAGCUCCAGGAGAGAGAUCAGUUGCUCAUCAGUGCCUCCAAAGCAGUGGAGAAUCUCACCAAAGGGGGAGGUUCUGAAGUCCAGCGCGUGAAAGAAGAUGCAAGGAGGAAGGUGCAGCAGGUGGAAGACCUCCUGACAAAAAGGAUACAUCUUCUAGAAGAAGUAAGUCUGGAGAUGCCGAGGGACCUCUACCUACAGGAUGUGAAAGCCGCCCAAGCAGAACUGGAGAAGGCCUUUGCAGAGACGGAAACAGAGAAGGCGUUUCGCCUCAGCUUGGAAAGCAAGCUCACUGCGAUGAAGAAGAUGCAGGAGCAGGACCUGGAGUUGACUCUGGCUCUGGAAGACAAGGACAGACUGAUUGAGGAGUUGAAGCUGUCUUUGAAGAGCAAAGAAGCUUUAAUUCAGUGCCUUCAAGAGGAGAAAUCUCAGAUGGCAUCUCCUGACGAGAAUGUGUCAUCUGGAGAACUCCGAGGACUUUGUGCCACUCUGAGGGAAGCAAAGGAGAGAGACGCUGAGGCUGCACAGAGGGAAUGGCAGAAGGAGAGAAAUCACUGGGAAGCGAAGAUCCAGUUCUGGGAAUUGCCAGUGCAGAUCAGGUGUCACUGGGUCCCUGUGUGACCGAUGCGAAGAUGGACAUUAUGGCUUUAAUAAGACAGGCUGCUUGCCCUGCCAGUGCAACAACCGGUCUGAUAGUUGUGAUGUUCUCACAGGGGAGAUUUGCUGGUUCUGGAUGUGGGGAGAGGAAUAAGGUUUGGCCCCAAGGAAAGGAUGUUUACUUGAAGAAGAGCUUUUGACCAUGAUUUGGAGCCUGCAGGACAGUAGGAAACUAGAAGAUCCCUAAACUGAAGAUUGGUUUCCCCAAGGUGCUUGUUUGAACUGCCAGGAAAAUAGCACGGGGGAUCACUGUGAAGAAUACAAAGAAGGAUUGUAUCAGAGUCCUGAUGCUACUAACGAAUGCCGCCAGUGCCCUUGUUCAGAAGUGACUUCUAC